UCCUCCCAGAAGAUUAGCCAACAUUCCCAGGGCAGGGCAGCCUUUCCCACUCUUCCUUUCCUUUAUAAACGCCUUUUCCCUUCUUCUAGCUCAUUCCACACCAGCACAACUUUGGAUUUCUCGCAGCUUUUCUUUCCUUUUUUAUUUUUUUUUCCCCCUUCUCUAGUUACUGGCUUGCUGCCGCGCCUCUCAGAGCCAAAGUUUUAUCCAUAUAAAAGAGAUAUAUAUUUUAUUUAUUUUUUUUUCCCCCAAACCAAGCCCAGCCGCACAAGGACUAAACCCCGCUCCUGGGGCGAGCUUAACUCGGCGAAGGAAGAGCAGCAGGAGCCGCCUCUGCUCCAGCCCUGGCUGCCAGCAUGGAUUUAUGGCUUUAAAACCAGUGUGAGGGGGAAGGAAGGGAAGAGAAUUCCCUGCAGGAGCCCGGCGGAGCUGCGGCAUGGCUCGGGGAGCUGCUGCCGCCGGACCAUGACCGAGCUGCGGCUGCUGCCGAGCCCCCGCAGGUGGAUCUGGGCUAGCUCGGCCACGAUCGGGCUCGGCUAUGUUGGCCAGGGUGGUGCUUUCCCUCCUGCUGGGGCUGCGCUGCGCUGCGGGACAGGGCGCACCUGAGCCAGCUCCCCAGCCAUCCAGCUCCAACACGGAGGGGGACCUCCUCUUCCUGCUGGACAGCUCUGCCAGCGUCUCCCGCUAUGAGUUCUCCAAAGUCAAGGAAUUCAUGUGGGACCUUUUGCAGCCUUUCACCUUCGGCCCCAGGGAUGUGCAGACCAGCAUCAUCCACAUCAGCACCACUCCCACCAUGGAGUUCCCCUUCGACCGGCACCUGACCAGCGGCACGCUGAGAAAAGCCAUCAGGGACACGCGGCAGCUCAUGGGUGACACCAACACGGGCAAAGCUCUGUCCUACGCCAAGGAAAAGCUCUUCAGUGGCCAGGCCGGGGCCCGGCCAGACGUGCCCAAGGUGCUGGUGUGGGUGACGGAUGGCUUCUCCACGGAUGACAUCUCCGAGCCCAUGCAGCUGCUGAAGGACAUGGGGGUGACCGUGUUCAUCGUCAGCACCGGCCGCGGAAACUUCCUGCAGCUCUCGGCCGCUGCCAGCCAGCCCUCAGACAAACACCUGCACUUUGUGGACGUGGAUGACCUGCCCAUCAUCACCAAGGAGCUCAGGGAUGGCAUCCUAGAUGUCAUCCAAGCCAACCGGCUGCACGCCACCGAUGUCACCUCCAGCAGCUUCCGCCUGGUGUGGCCCCCGCUGCUGUCGCAGGACACCGGCUACUACAGCCUGGAGUACGGCCCCGGAGCUGACCCCGCGGCCAGGAGGACACUGCAGCUCUCCGGGGCGCUCAGCAGCCUCGUGCUGCAGAACCUGGCUCCAGAAACCACCUACGAGGUGGCCCUGAUCCCCGAAUCCAACGUGCACUACUUCCCCCCCCAGAGCACCAGGGUCACCACUCUGCCAGAGGAAAUCAGCCCAGCUCAGGUCGUCAUCUCACACUCUGGGCCUCGCAGCUUCCACGUCAGCUGGGCUCCCGUGCUGGACAGCGUGGCCACCUACCAGGUCCUGUAUGGGCCACUCCCAGGGAACUCAGCCAAGGUGCUGCAGGUGGAUGGGAGCCACAACAGCACCGUGGUGGAGCACCUGGCACCCAACACCACCUACCUGGUGACAGUGACUGCCGUCUAUAGAUCCGGGAAGGAGAAAUCCCUGUCAGCCAAGGCCUGCACCCUGGAAGAGGGCUCCAGGGUGAGGCACCUCCGCUUCGAGGACGCGGGUCCCAACAGCCUGAGAGCGUCGUGGGACGCCGCGGCCGGGCCCGUGCUGGGUUACCGGGUGCGCUGCCGGCGGCAGAGCGGCGCCUCCUCCGCGCUCAGCGUGUCCCCGCAGGUGCACAGCGUGCUGCUGAGCGACCUGCCCUCGGGCAGCAGGGGCAGGGUGUGUGUGCAGCCCGUGUACAGCAACCAGCCUGGCAAGAGGCUGUGCCGCAGCGUGCACAGGCAGCCAGCUACAGAGGCCCAAGGAUACAGGCACAGGGAGCGUGGCAGGCUGCAGUGAGCAGACUCCCAGCAGAGAAGGGACAAAGAUUUGGACAAAAAGGAGUCAGGGGAGGACCAGCCUCAUCUGCCAGCCUGUGCUGUCCCUGGAGGUGACAGCCUGUGCUUGUCCAGCCCACAGCCUGACCCAGCCAAGCUCUCCCACAGUUUAAAGGCUCGGCCUGGCUGGAUGGAGCAGCCAGAGUGACAAAAAAUGCCAAAUCUGCCCCCAUUUCGUAGAAACACGAGUGACAAACGAAGGCAAAGUGGGGAUCCUCGCUCUUGCUUGCUUGCUGCCUCUUCUCUGGUGGUUCAAGGUCAUGCAGGUUUCUUUUUGCAGCUUAUGAGCACAUCCAGGACUUGGCUGCUCAGCUCAGAGGAAGGUUCCACCUGGCCAAAUCCACUCCUGAAUCCAAUCCAGUCCCUCCAGGGAACCUGGGAGGAAGGAGAGGGCAGGAAACCCGAAAUCCUGGGCAUGUGCUUCCCUCCAGGGCUCUCAGCUGAGCUCCAGGAGCAGCUGAGAGCCCAGAAAACCCAGACAAAACCAUCUAAAACAUUUCUUUUUGUUUCUGUGCUCCUGCCUGGAUCCUUGCUCUGGCAUUCCUGCAACCCCUUGUCACCAAAUGGGAGUGCUGCUGUCCUCGUGGAGAUUAAUUAGCCUGUCCUGUGGCUAAUUACAGGCAAUAAUUCUCCAGCACUAUCAUUCCUCUGCACUCUGAGCACACACAGCACGUCUCUGGUGUCUUGUCUUGGGCUUCCACCCAGUGCUAAGCUUAAGCUACACUUAAAAAUCAGAGUUUUUAAGAGAAAAGAGCAAAUCUGAUCAUUUCCCUUUGCCCCUAAGCUUGAACUCACUGUCUCUAAGCCACUCUGGAAAGGGGAGCUGGGGGGGAAAAAAAAGACAAAUGAAUUAUAAAUGCCUAGUGACCAAGCAAAUGGUUUCAAAGUUCAGGGCUUAGGGCUGUAAAGAAACGUAGAUAUUUCUCUGCUCAACCCCAGCAUCAGUGGGAACACCCUCCCUGAGUAACUCUUGCUCUAUUUUAAAUUUAUUGCUUCUCUGUCCUCCGUGUGGAACUUGGUUUUGAAGCAGUGCUGUUUGUGGAGAGCCCCGUGCAGCCCCACAAACCCUUCUUUAAACAGCUCAAAGCAGCUCCUUUUGGAGCUGAGAGGAACUUUUCUCCCUGACUUUGUCUGCUGAGAGCUGAAUCCUUCAUCUUCACCUUUCCGGAGCGUUUUUCCUUGGGCUGCCUUGAGGAGAGAGGGAGAGAAGGGAGGUGAGUCAUUCAUUAACUCUACAAAGGGAUUUUCAGGUGAUUUGUGCCCUCCUCUGGAAUGUGCAUUUGUGACUGAUUCAUCUCGGUGCUGAAAGGAUCACAAAGGCCCUGGAACUGCUCAUGCAAUAAAAAUGAUUUUGUUUCUUCUUGCUGUAGGACAGAAAUUAAGUUUGCACAACUCCCUGCAUAGUUUAUUAAUGCAUUAAUUUUCAUCUCUCCCCCCCAGUUGUAACACUUUUGAAGACAAUUAAAUAUAAAUACAAGAGC